AAAAAAUACGUAAGCGACAUCGCAUUAGUGUCUUUCUUGAGCCUGUUGUUAAAGAAUUGAAUCUGGGCCCAACCUGAAGCCCAUAGAAAUCCUUCUCUUCGCUCCUCUUCCCCUAGAUCCUUUUCCAGACUUCGUCUUCUUCCUGUUCUUCCGAGCUAGCUCUUCUGGGAUAACUCCACCGACCGUGCGGACGCAGACGCCGAGUUAACAGAAAAAUUCGGUGAACCCUACUCGCUGAUUUUAGGAAAUGGGGUUGUUUCUUAUGCUGUGAGAUUUAAUAUAUCUGGGUUUAAUUUGAAUGGGUUGGAAGGCGGCUGAGAAACUCAUUAGGCACUGGAAGAUUCUCAGAGGAGAUAAUGUGAUGAUAACAAGAGGCAAAGACAAGGGUGAGACUGGUGUCAUCAAGCGAGUCAUUCGCUCUCAGAAUCGUGUCAUCGUAGAGGGAAAAAAUCUGGUAAAGAAACAUAUCAAGCAAGGCCAAGGUCAUGAAGGUGGGAUUUUUACUGUCGAAGCGCCUCUCCAUGCCUCAAAUGUUCAAGUUGUUGAUCCAGUGACAGGGAGGUCUGUUAAGGUUGGUGUGAGAUAUCUCGAGGAUGGAACGAAAGUUCGAGUAUCUAGGGGAUUAGGCGCGUCGGGAUCUAUAAUCCCUCGUCCUGAGAUAUUGAAGAUAAGGACUACUCCAAGACCUACAGUUGCUGGCCUCAAGGACACUCCGACCGAUGUCGUGUUCGAGAAGACUUACAAUGCUAAGACGGGGAAGGGCAUGCCUGAACUUUGAGAGAAUGAGUUUCCUACUAUCAUUCUAAAGCUCGGAGGGUGGAUUGUAGCAGAAAGACAUGGGAACAUGGUUGAGAAGUUUGUGUACUGAACUUGUGCUUACAUUUUGUUAUUUCGUUGGUAGCAUUGUACAAGCGAGAUGGCUUGAUUGCUAUAGGAUUUUUGAGAUGAAUGACUUAUUCUUGCA